AUGGUUUCCCCAGCAGAGGAUGUGCCAACUGCCAGAAGAGAAAGAUCAAGUGUAAUCAAGACAGUCCGGCAUGCAUUCAAUGCGUCAAGGCUGACUGGCCUUGCCCUGGCUAUCGGCCCCGCGUUGACCUCUUAUUUCGCGAUCAAACCAAAGGCAUCACCCGCAAAUACCAAGCAUAUCGGCCGAAACCCUCCUCCAUGUCUACAUCAAAUGGAAGCUCCGGACAUCGUUCCUCCAAUUCGAAAUACUUUAUCGUUCUUCUUCUCUCAGUAUGUACACCAACCCCUUGCAUCCUCCGCGAAAUUCCAACCUGGAUCCUUCGACUAUCUGCCGUCCCUGUACGCACAGGGUCAUCCAGACGGCCCUCUCGUUACCAUUGUGCGCGCUGCAGCGCUCGCCAGCUAUGCCAACGUGGGGAAUGUGCCCCUAGAAGCAAAGUCGGACGCUGUUCUUGCUAGCAUCAUGCUGCUAGCCAUCUACGAGACUAUUGCCCUGAAAGGUCGAGAAGCUAUGAAAGCAUGGAGUCAGCACAUGCUUGGCGCAGCUGCUCUGAUCGACUUGCGUGGUCCUAGUCAGUUCCAAGACAGAUCUAGCAUUCAAAUGUUCCUGCAGAUGCGACGUCUCAUAAUCCUCUCAGCUUACCAGCUCCAACGACCUGUGCCCUUUUCCUUGAAAAAGUGGUCAACAUGGGUAGAAUGCGCCGAGGUUGGCGAGGAUUGCGAGUUCGUUCAUCUCGCUAACCGUCUCGUGGAAAUUGUCGAAACGCUUGCAUCUGUCCGGGCAUUGAUCAAAGCAUCCAAGACACCAGAAAUUAGUGACAUCUCAUCUAUGCUUUUGCCAAUCGACAGCAUGCUUCAGCGCUGGGAGGACCAGCUGCCCAUCCGCUGGAGGCCUACCCCUCAUCCUGCCUGCUGCUCUGAUGAUUGUUCCAUGCACAGCCAUUUCGAAGGAAUGCCUUUUGACAUCUAUCCUGAUUUAUUCUGUGCCUCUAUCUGGAACAACUACCGUGGUGCUCGGAUACUGAUUCACGAAAUGCUGCUGUCUACGGCCGUUUCCCUUCCCACCACCACGGGGAUCCACAGCAAGCAACUGCACACCACGAUCAACCUAUUGCACCGAAUGAACACUGAAAUUUGUCUGAGCGUCGAAUAUCAUCUAAGACCCAGUCCAGAGAUUCCACUCUACAGCUCCAAUGAUCAUCAGAAUGGAAUAGGCACAGACUCAAUUCCAGGCGGCGAGCUCCUUCUCUGGCCCCUCUUCAUGGCCGGCAUGUUACCUACGACUAGCCCUGAACGGAGAAUUUGGAUCUCGAAUCAUCUGAGACGAAUUGGGGCCAAUCUAGGCAUUGGGUUGGCGCUUUCAAUGUGCCAGAUCUUGUGCCACGAGAGGGACACAAUUCCUUUCUCACACAGCGAGCUGUGGGCGUAUGGUGACUGCCAGGCCGAAGGCGUGUUGAAGCAACGCUAA